GUAAGUUUUUCGCUCCCGCCGUUUCGCUUUUUCUCUUCAUUCAUYGCUGAUGUUCAAAUCUGAAGUGUCGUCUGUGUAAUCUUAGGCCUCGAGCAGCCGACACUACGGAUUCUUUUAGCAAAAAUGUGGCGGGCGAGUAAUAUGGUUUAUGGAAUCUUGAUUGUCUAGAUACUCGAAAGGCCUCGCACACAAUGUUAAGGUCAAUUGGUUUUUGUUAGAUACAGAGAAUUAAGAUCUACAUUUUUCAUUAUCUAUCCCAAUCUUGUGGAAGCCUUCUCAUGGUUGCGUUAGGUUUUAUGGCUUUCUGUAUAUACAAUAUUUAGUUAGUUCAUGACUAUUCAAUGUUGGGAUUAAUGGUCAUCUCGACAAGUGGUUAGACAUAGCCCACUUAAUACAUUUUGAUUCAUUUUUGGAAGAUGGAGCAGCAACUUCCGAAUGGAAGUGGAGCCGAUGCAGUUUUACAUCUUCGGACAAACUCCUCCAUUUCUAUUGCAUAUCAUUCACUCUUUGGUCCACAUGAUGAUUUAGUCCUCCUUGAGGUCGACGAAAAGCUUCUGGAAGAAGUUCUCCACCAACGAGUAAGCAUCAGAGGACAGCCAGAAGAAGAUGCCGUCUUUUGCACUAAGUCAAAAACUUAUGGAAUAAAAUAUGUUGGAACUUCCAAUUCUGUACUCCUCAUACCCCCAUCAGGUCGUUUGGAAUAUUAUGAGAAUGAUCUUGAUAGCCAUGGGAAGGAUAGCAGUAGGAAAGUUGCAUCUGUGAUCAAAGUUGCUCCUGGCAUCAUGGAACUUGUUGAGAUUGCUCCCAGGAUUGAUAAGCUUAAAUUGCUUCUCUCAGAGAAACCUUACAGCUUAGCCGAUGAGUGGGAAAGCGAUGAGGUGGACAAAUAUGAAAAAAAGCUGUAUAAUUGGGAUGAUCUUAUCAACAAGAUUCAAGCUAGCGAUGAUGAAAUGAAAGCCGGAUUACAAGAACUUUCUGCGGUUGAGAUUGACGGGUACUGGAGAGUUGUGGAUGAAAAAUACAUGGACUCCAUACUACAGAUGCUUUUGCAUAACGCAGUUUUGAAUGACUGGUCACUGGACGCACUUAAUGAAAAUGAAGUUAUGAAAGUUAUGGAAGUAGAUGGCUUUCCUGAAAAGCUUGUGCGUCAUUGUCUCCAUGUUUAUGGCGAUAAAUUGGAUGAAGAUGAGUGCAAGAGCUGUUUAUGGAGAUUGGACCAAAAACGGGUAUGUGUGCAUUUUGCAAGAGAAGUCUUGAGGAAGGGAAAGAUGAAGUUGGAGAGUUUCAUGGAUGAAUGGACACGGAAAAUCCCACUAGGAAUGCGUGCUGUCUUUGACCUGUUGGAAGGUGAAGUUCUGACUGAGAGGAUCGGUGUCGAGACAUGGGUUCGCGGUUUCAGAGUUUCUUCAUUGCCAUCAAAUCCCGCUGAGCGUUUCUCCAUUUUGUUUAAAGAGCGACCAAAAUGGGAGUGGAAGGAUCUGCAGCCCUACAUCAGGGAUCUUACCGUUCCAGGUCUUUCAUCAGAGGGUUUGCUUCUGAAAUACACCCGAAGAACCCAACCGAACCCCAAUUCAGAACCUGUGUUCAGUGCAAGAUGAUGAUAUGAUGUGCCAUGGCCUCACUUGCUCCUAAUGACAGGUUUGGUAGAUUGUUCAAUGUCACAUCUGGCUUAGGCUUAUCGUAUUUAUGUACCCGAAAUCUUGCAGUUUCAAUGGAGAAAUCUACUCGAUCGCGAUCACAGACGACGUUAUAAUAAGUACCCUUUAACUUUGCAUGGUCUAGAGGGCUCCAUUACUCCCAGAAUAGAGAUCCAAAGGUUCCCCAUUAUCAGAAGUCUCUAUUUCAGUUUCAGGCAUGGAAAGGGAAACCUUGAGGAGAAGCAAAUUUUUAAUGUGCUCUCAGAGUUUGUAUAAGUCAGAUCAAAUGGCUAUUGGAAGGUGAAAGUAGGGAAAAAGACCUGCUCUAAAGGUUUCUACUUUCUACUUUCAAAAUUAGCCUGGCCCUGUACAUAGUCUUUUGAAACAAAUUGUGUGUGAGAAAUGAGAAUCAAACAUUUUCAUGAAA